CAGUUUUGUCCUUCCACCACGAAUAGAUAAUCUUUUCAUUCCGGAAGUGAAUUUGCUGAAAUGGGUUCAGAGCAGAAGCAGAAAGAGAAUACCGGUGGUCCAUUGAAGACGGAUGUGGACACGUCGCCGCCGUUUGCGUCGGUGAUGGAGGCUGUCAGCCGGUUUGGUGGAGUCGGCUUCUGGAGACCGCACCCCCAUAACCCCACUCAACCUUCCCAGACCAACAGCGAACAAGUGCUCAAUCAUUUGAAGAAAUACCCAGCAACAGAAGAACGAGAAACCCUCGCAACAACAGCAACUGGAUUUGAAGAAUUAGAGGUCAAACUGCAAAAAGAAGAAAUCAAAGCCGAAGCCAGCAUUCACCGAUCCGACGAUCGAAACAACGAGGUACGAGUGGAGUUAUCGGAAAACGAAAUCUUGAAGAGGGUAAAGGAAGCAACUGAAGACGUAAAGCAUUGUACGAGGAUUCUUGAAGAGGUUUUAAGAAGAGUUGAGGCCACUAGAAAUGGAACAUAUUUGGAUUCUGAUGCUGUGGUGGUGUCGAGGCCGAUGAUGUCGAUAGGGCAGAUAUUGAGCCGGAAGUUGUUUUUGGCCGGAGAGCGUCCGGAGAAGAGUUGUAUGAGAUGGAAGGUUUCGUUGGCAGAAAUGAUUGGGAAAGGUAGUGGUAAUGGGGCGAAGAGAAGUGGUGAGAAGAGAGUUCCGGCAAAAAGAACGAAGUUGGGGUUUGGUGGUGGUUGUGGUGGCGGUGGUGGUGGUGAUGAGAAGGGAGUUCCGGCGAAAAGAAUGAAGUUGGGGUUUGGUGGGAUUUCGUCCAUGGUGGCAAGGAAGAAGACGUGGAAACAAAGCCGAUGAUUUGGUGUUAGUUUUGGCUGGUGUUUUAUGAUUUGGAGUCUUGUUGGAGGCAUUUGUUUAUAGUGGUGUUGUGUGCUUGUGAAUUUUAAGGAUGAAUUAUGCUCG